CCCUGGGGAAAAUCGGCGCCUUAGUGUGAGAAAGGAGACACACUCCAGCAGACCGAAGAGGGCUCCCGGGCUGGGGACCAGGCGAAUAGAGAGUGACGGUGUCCGUGGAGGACUUCUCCACCAUCCUGCCCCUCACCGGGAAGGAAGAACUUCCAGGGCUCCCUCCUCUUCCUCACCGGCUUGGCUGUCUCCACGGGAGGUGUUCUGAGGAUCCCUUAGACUUCAAUGAAAGACUGACAGCGCACUUAGACGCCCCACAUCGUCUUCCUCCGAGCCCCAGUUUGGGCCCCAGCCUCUUCAUAGUGGUGACCCCUUCCCCAUGACCCUAAGGUCCCACGAGUCCACCGUGGAUGGCGCGGAAGGGACUCGGAGCCAGUGGGGGGCGACAGGUACAGCAGAAGAACAGCCCUCGGAGGUGGCACGUUUGGCUACAGCCAUGCGGGAACUGAGCCAGGCAGGCUGGUACUGGGGAAGCAUGACUGUUAAUGAAGCCAAAGAAAAAUUAAAAGACGCCCCGGAAGGAACUUUCCUGAUCAGAGACAGCUCCCACUCGGACUACUUGCUCACUAUAUCUGUCAAAACCUCAGCGGGACCAACCAAUCUGCGAAUAGAAUACCAGGAUGGGAAAUUUAGAUUGGACUCCAUCAUCUGCGUCAAAUCGAGGCUGAAACAAUUUGACAGCGUGGUCCACCUAAUCGAGUACUAUGUGCGAACAUGUAAGGACAAGAGGCCUGGGGCCGAAACCCCCCGGAAUGGAACUGUCCAUCUCUAUUUGACCAAACCCCUCUAUACUUCGACUCCGACCCUGCAGCAUCUCUGUAGACUCUCUAUAAACAAAUGUACAGCUAAGAUCUGGGAAUUGCCUUUACCAACAAGACUAAAAGAUUACUUGAAAGAAUAUCAAUACCAGGUAUAAGUUUCUCUCUUUUUUCUAAACACACCUCAUUGUAGAACCUCUCUGAAUGCAGCUAAGUAAAGAGAGCCAAAUCAUUCUAGCCCUGGCUAGCCACUGAGUGUCCAACUCAGAAAGGGGAUUCCCUCUGAGAACAACUGCAGUCAAACUCAUGGAAGUGUCCAAGGAAGGGUGAGGGGUGGGAACAAGCCCCCCAGAUUACAAUCCCUGCCCGGAGUCUCCUUUGAGGGACUCUACCCCAAGCCCAAGAGCGGUCUCUCUCCCUCUUUUUUAAGACUGAGUGUUUGACGGCACACUUGCUAAUCUGAGGGUCUGGGAAACCUCUUUUCUUUUCUUUUUUUUUUUUUUAAACUGGUUAUUUUUCGGUGUGAGUUGUUAGCCGUGAGGAGGGCAAGGGCACUCCCUGCCAGGUGUCCAGCCGACGUUAAAGGCCAGAGCUGGCACCGAGAGAACUGGAAAGGGAGAAGCCGAGACGGGGCUCCUCGCCAUUGACUUGUCUGAUGAUCCAGUGGUGUCUUAGAAUGGCUUUAUUUUACAUUCUGGUGUGUACUUGUUUCGAGUUUUUGUCGUUCUUGCUAAACAGAACAUGCCUGUCAGUAUUUAGCUCUCGUUUUCUACCAGUCGCCAAACCCCAAAGAGUGACCGUGACAUCUUGUAUUUGUCUUUUGACUCCAAAUAGCUGAUGAUCUUGUGUGAGGAGGAGAGUACUGUAGCCCUUUCAUUGAAAAAGGAGCCUUACUUCAGAAACAUUUCAAACUGGUGCAAAUGGACCUUGAUUUUCCUUGUUUUUGGUUUUUUGUUGGUUUUUUUUUAAAAGGCUCAAAACAAGAAUGUCAUGUUCCACAGGUGCAACUUGGACCAUGGUGAUUAAAACAAUCUGCUUUAUCCUUGCUGAAGCAGCCAGGUCUGACCUGUUGCCAUUUAUCUUUUUGGAAAUGGCUAUAAAAAUAAAUGUCCAUGUCGUCCUUGACUUGCCUGACCACAGAGAAUCGGCAGUUGCCUCCCUUUUCCCGUGCAGAGUACUUUGGACUUAAUUUGCUUCCAGAUGCAGGGGGGAAACUUGCCUGUUUUCUUUUUCCCAAAGUGUUUAUUCACUGCUGUUACUAGUAUCCAACUUUGAUUAGAAUGUACUAAAUAAAACAAACGCCUUUUACAAGCUGCA